AUGUUGUACGAACUGAUCGCUGUUGUCCGUCCGGGCAGUCUCAACGAGGUCCGCGAAAUCGCCCGUAACGCUGGCAUCCAAGUCCUCCGCUCUGGCGGCGUCGUCCGCGGCUACACAAACUGGGGAACCUUCCGUCUGCCAAAGCCUACUACGAAGCAUCAGGCCCGGUACACUGAGGGUCAUCACUUCAUCAUGCGCUUCGACUCAUCUGGCGCCGUGCAGAAGGCUGUCCGAAGAACACUCGGUCUCGACCCCCGGAUGGUCCGCUUCUCCGUCGUCAAGCUGGGCGAGAAGCUCGAGGAGAUCAAGGAUGUCGAUGGCAGGGUCGAGUGGAACAACACGCAGAGCAUCUCCGAUUCGAUCAGCAGGGGACCAUGA